AUGCCUCCCAAGAUAUAUUAUGCUCCAAGAUACUAUUCAUAUCCCAGCGUGGAUCUUUUGUCGCUUCUUUUCGAUCCGAAUGAAUAUGCCCUGUCGCAAGAGGAUACAAAGGUACAUAUAGAUGCGGCCAACACUGAAAACUAUCUCCACAAGUCGCACGCCAGAGUCUUGACCGAGAACUUCGCCCACAGCCUGCGUCACAUAUACGGUAUUGGGUCGUCUGGCCAUUCGAAGGACGUCGUGGUGGGCUUCUCCUCUCUGCAGAUUUUGCUGCCCGUCGCUUUCUACGGCACCAUCGCCGCCGGGGGCAUCUUUUCAUGUGCAAGCCAUGCCUUUACCGCCUCUGAACUUGCCAGACAGAUCAAACAGGGCGACGGGAAGCUGCUCAUAUGCAGCCCCGACCUUGUGAGGGUCGCGAUGGAUGCCGCGAAAGCUUGCGCCUUGGGCCUCGACCGCGUGCUUGUCCUUGACUCGACCUACCGUGCUUGGAGUCUUAAAUCGGUUGACGGCAAGAUCGACUGCUGGACGGAUAAACGCCUGACCUGGAAAAGAAUCACCGAUCCACAGGAGUUGGAAGACAGCAUCAUCAACUUACUCUACUCGUCCGGCACGACCGGCGUUCCGAAAGCUGUGAUGCUCUCGCACAAGAUGAUGGUGUCUCAGAUGGUCAUCUCUUCACAGGUGGCUCGAGAAUGGGCGCUGCCACGAAUCCAGUCCGGCGAGCUGACUCCGUCACCACUCCGGACAAUCGCUCAUCUACCAGCUGCCCAUAUUGCUGGAGUUGCCGGUUACUUCGUCUCCCCACUGUAUGCUGGUGGGGAGUGCUAUUGGAUGCGUAAAUACGAGUGGAAGAAAUUCAUCGAGUACAACAAACAGCACAAAAUCACGGCCUUUUUCACCGUGCCCGCCAUCUGGGCUCGGAUCGCCAAAUCGCCCGAUGUCACCGAUCAUUUUGAUUCUUUGGAGGGCGGCCUUGGUGGUGCAGCGCCAAUGGAUGCGGAUCUCUGCAAUUCGGCUGGUCAGCGAACAGGGAUUCAAAUGGGAGGGACAUAUGGCAUGAGUGAGACUACUGGCUCUGUCUGCACACUUCCUCGAGGAACGCCCGAUGACACUGGCAGCGUUGGAAUAAUGCAUCCGAACACGACAUUCAGACUUGUUGAUGACGAUGGCAACGACGUCCCUGAGGGUCAACCCGGCGAGCUCUGGGUAAAAGGUCCAAUGGUGACCAAGGGCUAUUACAGAAACCCGGAAGCUACAACAGCGGCCUUUGUUGACGGUUGGUACUGCACAGGAGACAUUCUUCAGCAACGAAGCAAUGGACUGUGGUACGUAACCGAUAGGAAGAAAGAGUUGAUCAAGUACAAGGGCAUUCAAGUGGCGCCUGCUGAGAUCGAGGGUCUCUUGAUCUCUCACCCUUUGAUUGAAGAUGCGGCUGUGAUUGGUGUGCCUGGAGAAGGGACCGAAGUCCCUCGUGCGUACGUUGUGGCCGACAAGAACAAGAUCUCAGAGGAAGAGAUCAAGGAGUUUGUCAAGAGUAAGACGGCGCCGUACAAGCAGCUGAGAGGUGGCGUGAUAUAUCUCAAUCAGAUCCCUCGGAACGCGGUCGGCAAGAUCUUGCGGAAGGACUUGAGAGACAUGGCGAAGGCGGAAUUUCGACCUAGACUAUAA